CAAAAUAAAGAUAUAAAUAAAAAUCGUUUGUUUAUCUGUCAAAAUUUCUGUCAUUCAUCAAACACCAAAAUUUCCAGCGAAAAGACUCAAAGAUGCCUCAAAAACUUAAUCGAAAACUUAGAAACGUUAACGAAAGCUAUUUAGAAGUAAAUAAAGAUCAAUUGGACGAAUUACCAAAAUCAAAAACAUCAGAAACUAUUAAAAACAAAUAUUUACCGGCGACAACUCCCCAGAAACCCCCCGUAACCCAAUCAGCUCUUAUAUACGAAGCAUCAGAUAGAAUUAAAGAAAUGGCAGCGCCGAAACGACGCAAAGGAGGUGUAGAUUUAGUUCCAGGGGCGGUUAAACCUACAGCGCUAAAACACCAAACAACGAAAAGAGAUUAUGAAUUGGCUAGUCCACGCGUGUGGAAGUUUCCGAAAGGUGUUCACAUUAAAGAUCACCCCGAAAUACCUUCUAAGGCUGCAAUGAAAUACGUCGCAACACCAAGGAUUAUUGAGUUGGCCAAACCAGCUGAAAAGCGGUUUUAAAAUGUUAUAACUUUGUUGAUAUGUUUUAUAACCUAUUCACACCAUUUUCCGAUGUGAUUUUUAAUUUAAUUUCUUUAGUUCUCCUUUUUUGGUACUUACAAAUAUAAUUCCAUAAAUAAGA